AUGGCAGAUGCCUCGUGUGGCAUCCGCAAGCCGCGAAAGUCCCGGGGUAGGGGGCUGCGUGCCACUACCGGAUGCCUAGUUUGCAAGCGGCGUCAUGUCAAAUGCGACGAAGUUCGUCCCCAAUGCGGGCCUUGCGCCAAGGGCCAACGCCCGUGUGUUUAUGGCGGUAGCGAUAGUAUAUCACAACGGAUUGAUGCUUCUUCCGACAGAACAAUACAUCGCACAAUUUCACCACAGUCGCAAAUCCAUGAGCCCCUGCGAGUUCUGGUGGACGCAUGCCAUCAAGAACAGCCGGUUCGACAUCCUACAGAUGCCUUUCGUCAGAAGUCUGUUACACCAUCCCCGGGCCCGGGCUCUACUAGAACUGUUUCUCGGCAUGGCCAGGGGCUGUCUCCGCAUUCUCCCCUGGGAUAUGUACCAUCACCCGGUACAGAGUCAUCGUCCACGUCCACCAGAUUGGCACCGUUGAGCUGGUUCGAACUACUUGCCAAUGAUGCCGCCAGUGCGGAUAGAGAUUUUCUAUUGUCUCCACCACACCAAAUCCCUCCAUCCGUGGCAGUAGAAUCCCCGGUCGCUCAACCGCCAAGCUCGGAUUUGCAGCCUCAUAACCAACGCGAACGUGAAAGCUUCCAAGCGGCUUCUUUCCGGCGAGACCCUGAGAUUGACGAGAGACUAGUCGCGGCGCCAGUCGAGGAUGCGCCGGCAGCAUUGCCGGACGAAUACUCCUCCUGGAGUACUGCGACACCCAUCGAGCUGUCGGACCAGGACCAUUUCAUGUUCGACCAUUUUGUGCGGACACUAGGCGCGUGGAUGGAUUUCUUUGACCCGACACUGCAACUUUCUACCACACUACCGCAUCUGGCUCUGAGAAAUAUCGGACUAAUGAAGGCACUUUUAGCUCUUUCGGCACGGCAUCUCUCGCUGUCGAGCGAGACUAACCAGUAUCAACACAACCGCACAGCUACCGAAAAAGCCAAUCCUUCCGACAUUGCAGAUUCCGAGAAGGAAGUCGCUUCCACCGUCAAUCGCAAUCUUGCUGUUCAGUAUUACUACGAAACGCUGCAAUAUUUAAACAAGGCGAUGCAUUAUCCCUCUUACACUCGCAGUGCCGAGUUGAUCUGUACGGCCCUUCUCAUUAGCACGUAUGAGAUGGUUGACGGCUCCAACUAUGAUUGGGAGCGACAUCUCAAAGGGGUUUUCUGGAUCCAGCGUUUCCAAAAUAACAACGGUGAAUCUGGAGGUAUCCGACAAGCAGUUUGGUGGUCUUGGCUUCGACAGGAUGUCUGGGUAGCCAUGCGAGAGCGUCGUCGAGUUUUCUCAUUCUUUCAGCCUCGAAAGCCGUAUUCCAUGUUAGACACUGCUGGGUUUACCUGUCGUGCAUACUAUUUACUAUCACAAUGCGUGAACUACGCCUCUCGGGAAGAAUCCAAGACCACUGACAUACAGCAACGCCUGGAGCGAGGGAACGAAUUACUAUUUAUGCUGCAAGAGUGGCAGGAUUACCUGCCGCGGGAAUUCAGGCCACUUCCACAGAAGCAGACUGCUGAGACUUUCCCACCGAUCUGGAUCUACCCUUCUCCAUACGCCGCGGCUGUGCAGCUGCACAGUUUGGCCCGCAUCUUGGUGGUGUUGCAUCGUCCUUCAAUCGGCGGCCUCCAGGACUACCGCGCCGCGCAAAGACUGCUUGCAGCGUCUGUCAGUACCGUCUGCGGAAUAGCGCGCAUGAUUAAAGAAAAAGAUAUCCCCGCUAGUUUCGUGUCACUCACUUGUCUAUUUGGAGCUGGAAUGAGCGUUCACGCUCCCCAUGAACGAACGGUGUUGUUGGAUCUCAUCGAAACCUUCCAGCACCGGAUUCGUUGGCCGGUCGAUUCAUUGAGAAAGGAGCUUGAAUCUGAAUAUCAAAAAGAUGAGCUCUCUGCCUUCGCUGGUUGAGAACCUGUCGAAUAUAACAAAAUCACUUCGAUUCCUCUUCCGAAGCAGCAGAACGACGGUCCCAUAUGGCAUAAAUGGUUAUAAGACCUUGUCUGGAGAGAGAGCCAAUCUUGCCGGGUUCGAAUAGCCACAUGUACGGCGAUUAUUCCUUUAUUUACGCCAUCACACUAGAUGCAGUGAUGCUAUGCUGUAGGCGGCCCUCUGUUUCUCUGGAAAAUUUCUCCCAUCCCCGAUCGUGUGGUCUUCAUUUAUACAGAGGGUGAUAGCGCCUGGAUUAUUAUACUCCUUCGAGGGUGACUAGUUUGCACAGAUGACCUGAUGCAAAACAUGGCCAAUAUUGAUCCAGUUGACACAAGUCAGUUCCAAGAAGCCGAAGGCUUGAUGUAUAAUAG